AGAAAGAAAAGGAUAGAUAGCUUAACGGUACCAACAAGAAUUCAGUAAUCCACCCAACUAGAAUCCAGAAUUUCCAACAUUUCUCCAUUUCUCGUUUUUCGCAGGGCAUUCUUCACUCACUGCCAUUCUCACUUCUCAAUACAUCUUCCAAGCAAACACCCAAUUACCCUUUAUCUCACAAAGAUUCCUUCUUUACCGUUUCUCUCUCGUAAUCGGUUAUUCCUCCUAAAAUACAAAAGCCUCAAUUCAAGAAAAAGAAAAACCACCCCAUUGGGUUAAUCAAAUUCGCAGGCGAGCUUCACCGGCAAGCUCGCCUUUUGUUUUUUUCCUUCCCCCAGAAGCCAUGGCCACAAAGAUUCUUUCUCCAGUUGCAAUGAUCACUGUUCUUGCCCUCCUCUGCCUCGUCACAAUGGUCUUAGCCGACGGAAAAUCCUCCACGCCAUAUCUCCGGUUAUCUUCGGAUAACGCCAGCGAACGACAGAACAUGUGCCCCAACGCAGCAUCAUCAUCGUCGCCGCCGGCAUCGUGCCCCGUGAAAUGCUUCCGUACGGACCCGGUUUGCGGCGUGGACGGCGUGACGUACUGGUGUGGGUGUGCGGAGGCGGAGUGCGCCGGCGCUAAGGUUGAGAAAAUGGGAUUCUGUGAAGUUGGGAAUGGGGUAUCGACUCCUCUAUCUGGUCAAGCACUUCUUCUUGUGCAUAUCGUGUGGCUCAUUGUGUUGGCUUUCUCGAUGCAGGACGUGCAUUGAUGCGUCUCACUGAGCGUGCUGGAUUUGCUUUCUUGGAAGCGAAGACUUAUCUUUUGGGACUUAUUUUAUUUUUUAGUUUAUGUAGUUUGUUCUCCACUUUUAUACUUUAUGUUGUAUAUCCCUCUUAGAAGAUUAUUUUGGAGAAAUAGAACUUUUAUGUUUAUGUUUUGAGGAUUGUUUUUGUACACACGCGCGCAUGCGCACACAUAUUCUAGUCGGCUAUAGCUUCGCAGGUCGAGUCUACACACACACACAUUCUAGUCGGCCAUGACUUCAC